AUGUCUAAACGAGAUCGCUUGGAAUUCAUUCAUUCAAACGUUAAUCAUGUCCACGAUCUUCCAGCACACUCCACCAUCCACAUUCCGAAGAACAAACAUUUAAAAACAACACAUCACAGCAGUAUCCAUGAAACAAUAAUUAUUCUUACGGACUUGUCAUCCAACCACCACCCCAAUACGUUACAACAACUGUUACAGCAUAAAUUUUCAAUGCAACAACUCGGAAAGAAGAAAUGGUUAUUGGCACGAGAGAAGAAAUACGAUGGAUAUAUUCCGAUUGAAUUCUUGAACGAUCGGGAAAUGAUUUUACAUCAUAUCCGAAAGUAUGGUUAUGGAAUGGAAUAUUUACGAUUCUGUAGCCGCUGCGAUCUACUUUUGGAUAAGCAAUUUACCCUGCAAGUAGUCCGAACGAAUGGCCAACAACUUGACCAUGUUUUUGAGCCAUUCAAACAAGAUACGGAAAUUGUAUUAGCUGCCGUUCAGCAAAAUCCAAAUGCAAUUUUUUAUGCAACAGGAUCAUCUCGAAACGAUCCACAAAUUGUGGAGGCAGUUCUUGAUCGACAUGAGGAAUUGUUGGAAACGUAUUGGUAUACUUUUCAUAUUAAUGAUGAAAUGGCACGAGAAUUGGCCAAGAAAAAUGCUGCUGCAAUAAGAUUUUCAAACUGGUUGAAGAAGGAUAAGGACUAUGUGUUGAAGCUUGUUAAAAAUCAACCACGGGCCAUUUGUUAUGCUUGUACUGAAUUGAAAAACGAUUUUGAAUUUCUAAAACAAGUGGUGUCGUGUAAUGGCCAUGCAUUGAAGUAUUUACUUGUUGAUUGGACCAAAAAUUUGAAUUUUGAAUGUGUGGAUCGAUGCUCGAAAGAAAUUUUUAUGGAAGCUUUCAAACAUUUAAACAACACAAAGAACCUAUCAAUUGAUUGGACAGAUAUAAAAAUCAUGAAACAAGUGGUUUCUGAAUGGGGUUAUGCAUUGAAACAUGCAUCUAACGAAUUGAAAAACAAUUAUGAUCUCGUACUAACAGCGAUCAAUUGUAGUGCAUGUUCCUUAAAAUAUGCCAGCGACCAUUUAAAGAACGAUAAGACACUCGUAUUGCAAGCAGUCAAAAACAAUCACAACGCCAUGCAAUUUGCUUCCCAAAAUUUAAAGAAUAGCAAAACAUUUGCAAUGCAAGUGCUCAAGAAUGCCAACGCUUGUGUGUUUCAAUAUUUUUCAGAUGCACUGAAAGGAGAUCGUGACGUUGCAGAAUACGCUGUGUCACGACAAGGACAAUUGCUGGAAUAUGUUUCGCAAGAAUUGAAAAAUGACUUUUUGACAGUUUUUACUGCUGUGAGUCAAAAUGGAAGAGCACUGCGUGAUGCAUCCAAUAAUCUAAAACAAGAUCGUAACAUUGUUCGAGCAGCCGUUUCUCAAAACGGAUAUGCCUUAAACUAUGCCUCAGAAAAACUGAAAAUUGACAAGGACCUUGUGACAUUCGCAGUUCUGACAUAUCCUGAAAUUUUGCGAAUGAUUUCUUUGGACACUCUUGGAUUGGAUCAUGAGUUUGUCCUGCAAGUGUUGUGUACACUUCUAGACCAUUCAGUAUUUCAUCAAUCAUUUCCAACUUUAAUGAAUCAUUUCAUCCUGGGUGAACUUAUGCAUGAUCGAGAAUUUAUGUUGCGAGCUAUACGAGAAAAUGGACGUGUUUUGGGUAUGGCCAGUUGCAAGAUUAGGCAAGAUCAAGAGCUCAUAUUGGAGGCACUCAAAAACAAUGGAUUUGUAGAGAAGUAUAGCAAGGAAUUGUAUCAAUUAAGAAUGGAGCAAUGCUAUUACGGAGCUUAUUUAGGAAAAAUCUAA